AUGCAAUUCUCCACCAUCAUCGUCGCCCUCACCAUGGCCUUCGCCUCCUCUGUCGAAGCUAAGAAGUCCCUUCACGGCAAAGGCUUCACUGGUGACGGUUUCGUCGGGGGCGGCGCCACAAUUGUCGGUGAUGUUCUCGGUGCUGCCAUCGGUCGUCGCAGCAUUCACCAGCGCCGCCAAGGCGACCCUCUCGACUCCAUCCCUCAGUACAACUUCGACAUGUGCCACGAGUCUCUCAAUGGCGUUAAGCUCACCUUUGCUCCCGCCGGACCUGGCAGCUUCCAAGUCGCUGGCGUUCCUUCUACUUGCAUGAUCCUCGCCACUGCUUUGACUGGCAGCUUCAAUGCUGGAAACCCUACUCCUCUUGGCGCUGAUUCUCUCAGAUUCACCGGCCUUACUGAUGAUGAGAUGAACGAGCUUCAGUCUUGGUUCCACUAG